AUGGCGAGACGCGUGGAGCUUCUGACUUAUCUGCAGGGUCUUAUUUCCGUCUAUAAGCCACCAGGCACCUGCCCAACUGUGUUCCAGAAACGGAUAGCCAGAAAACUGGCUCAGGGUAGGCCAAAGUACACGUUUACCCAACCGUAGGGCAGAAUUUAACCGUCUCCCCUGGGAAAAUGAACGAAUUCGUACAUUCGUCUUGCCCUCAUCCAACACCGUCCCCUGCCCAGUCGUUACAGAAGCCGUGGACAUUGUUGACAAUCCCCUGGGUAGGCUCCAUGUCUCCUCUCCAUACUCCUUAUUGCCUUUCAGUGAUUGGUAAGCGCUUCCUCCCUUCGGACUUUGUCCUCAAUCCAAUCGACCCUCUUGAUGUGUUCUCCUCCGGCGUACAAGGUACGAAUCAUGGCGGUGAUACUAACGAACUUAUUUAACGCCGACUCUUAUUUCUUGGGAUACCAAUCCUUUAAUACAUAUAUCUAUAUGCAGAAUGAUAUUACCGACAAAGACAAGGGAGACUGAAAUGUUCAUUUCUGGCUUAUUAGCCGUCGUCAGCCAGCCAUACCCAAGCCCGAAGUGUGGAACACCCGAGCCUCGAACUCGCGACCUGUUGGUUUAGAAGUCAACGCCUCUACUCACCGGGCCACGAGCCCGUUGCCCUGUCGGUUUUCGAUCGGGAAUAUACAAUGUUAGGGGGCGCUCACCGAUCGUUCAUACGGAACUCACUCGUUCCGUUGUGCCUUAGGGGCUCUCUCUCGAGCCCAACCAGCAGCCGCACAGCGGCGCAUGAUAUAUAGGCAGAAUGAUAUUACCGACAAAGACAAGGGAGACUGGAAUUCGCACCUCUAUCUGCGAAUUUCUCUGAUGAUGGGUUCGAGUGAGAAUCCGAAACGUCAGGCAAAUAAAUUUCUUGUCCCAGUGAUCGCAUCUUCAUCUUUGGAGACUGGAACGGCCAUUUCUGGCUUAUUAGCCGUCGUCAGCCAGCCAUACCCAAGCCCGAAGUGUGGAACACCCGAGCCUCGAACUCGCGACCUGUUGGUUUAGAAGUCAACGCCUCUACUCACCGGGCCACGAGCCCGUUGCCCUGCCUAUAUAUAUCAUGCGCCGCUGCUCGGCUGCUGGUUGGGCUCGAGAGAGAGCCCUUAAGGCACACCGGAACGAGUGAGUUCCGUAUGAACGAUCGUUGAGCGCCGCCUAACAUAUAUCUAUAUAUGUGCGGAAGGAGACUUCCAGCAAAUAUGAGGGAGACUGGAAAAGCCGUUUCUGGCCUACUAGCCGUCAUCGGCCAGCCAUGCCCAACCCCAGGGAUUCGAAUCCGGGUUCCUUGUUGAUUGACUCCAACGUUUAACAGUUGAUCCACGGACUCGUUAUCCCGUCGGUUGUCAUUGGGAAUAUUGAUUGUCGUAGUAAGGUCGCUGGCCUAUCGUCUCGCGUGACCUGCUCACCCUAGUGUGCCUUAAGUAUAAGUAUAGACUCUCCAAGGACAGUCGCAUAGCGACCAGGAGUACGAGUCCCAGGUGGUGCGAACGUGGGGUUGGAUGUGAGUGACUGAUGACGGCCAAUAAGCCAGAAAUCGUCAUUCCAUUCUUCUGUCUUCGUCGGUAAUCCCCCCUUGCAUACACUCCUGGCCUAUUAGGACUCUACAUUUAACUAGUAUCAAAAACCUUUGCUUUCUUUUUAGUCUACGGUAUUGGGGAUGUUGGUGCUUACGCUUACGCCGAUGCUCUGUUUCAAUCCCGUUGCCUAAAAGCCUACCACCUGACGGGCAUGUUCGGCAAAGCUUCAUCCGACGGAUUGGCAACAGGAUCCAUCCUAUACCAAACACCCUGGCGUGAGUUCUAGUUACAUUUACACAACCUCAUGGGCCAUCCAUCGUCUCUGCGUUUGAUGCGAGAGAGCGAGUACCCUAUUUUUAUCCUGAAAAAGGCUUCAGUGCGCCUAGAAACCGUGGUGUAGUGGCUACUAGAUGUAAUUCGAACUAGUCUGGGCAAGUUGUGUUCCUCUUUUUGCCGCCCUAGACGGGUUUUCCUUUUUGUAGAGGCUGUUGACAAUUAUUUAGCACAACGUUUUUUGAGGUUACAUGUGGAUUUUUUCACGUUGAUCAGCGGGCUAAAUAACACCUCCCGCCGGCUUGAUUCAGUCCCCCUCUCCCUGCUUCUCUCUCUUUUAAGAGAGAAUCCAAUCCUCAGGAACCUGACAGUUCGACCGUCGAUUCCGACGAUGUUCACCGUGUGCUACACAGCAAGGUGCAGCAGGCACGGUGACUUGCGCGUGAAUGAGUUUAUAGUGAAAGUAGACUUGCGCAGCGCCUACGACACUCCCUUCUCCCCCACCUGGACCCGAUGUCCAGACAGAGUCAAGAAUACUGGAGGCGGCGGAGGGCGCAGGUGGAUGGUACGGCCGAGCCCGCACCUUUACGCUCCACUCCAUACCCCCUGGUGCACACAGCAAAUGACCAGGUUUUUGAGCAACAACAACAAUGGUGGGGGCGACAGGGGUCCCAGUGUGCCCGACGUCUGCCGGCAACCGGAUCUGCCACCGCACCCCGAAAUGUUGGCAUUUGUUAUGGCGCGCAAAUCCGAUAACGCUUGCCAGAACCCGAUGCAGCCUCCGUGUUGGUCCAGCGCAUCUAUCUCGUUACCCGUUUGGGGGGCAUCCUCAGGAACCUAUCCUUAUCUCUGACUUGACAGUGCGCCUAGCAGACAAUGGGCUAACCUCAGAGGUCUUCGGCAUGACAAAUGGAACGAAUUCAGCCCGCGUAAUCCCAUCCGUUCGAGCUAGCAUUCUUUACCGUGAUGCUUGGAAGCACCGUCAACGUCAUCAUCACCGUCAGCAAUGAAAUUGUAGUUCGAAUAUUUAAAGUCACUCAGGCCUUUAGCACGUCGCAACAUUCCGUUUGUAAUGGUUCUGGUGAUUCAGAGGUGGCAUGCUCAACACCUUUGCCUUUCUGAAAAAGAUUCGGUUCCGAUGGAGUGUCCACGUGCUGACGACUGAUGAAAGCCUAUCUUGGUGACUCCUCUAUUGUGACGCCGCGGUGGGCGCUCGAACUUCGUACCUGUGACGAAAUCUACCUUGACUGAUCUAUGUUGUAUGUAAUUAGUUACCUAAUUUUCUUUGGCAAUUGCCUUACUUAUUGUUUUUUAUGACGUUAUUGUAACCAAAAGGGAGUUUAAGGACACCUGCCUACGCUUCCCUUAAUAAAUCAGAUGUUAUCUGAUCUGAUGACUCAACCGACUCCUAUGUUACAGGUCUCCUUCAUCGCGAAUGAUCACUCUCCACUGCAAUCGGUCGGCAACAGACUCCCGAGCAUAGUUGAGCUGCCUGGCGUUACAGAUUUCGCAGACUCUAAACUGCGGGCCUCGGAGUUCUUUACGUUCAUUUGUAUUCUUAUCUGUCCCCGUCGACCAAGUCUCCGGCUGCGACGAGGUUCAGACAAGAUGACAUCUCGGUCGGAUGUGGUUAUGUAGCCGCACCUGAGGUAAACACACCCUAUCCACCUGUUAUACGGGACCGGUGGCAAUAGGGGGGUUUUUACAGGUUGGGCCGGAGAACGCGCAGGCGACGAGAUGAAGUAGUUGUAUGCACCCUCAUGUUAUGAAUAACUGUCGUCGAAAGAGAGCACCUCGCCAUCCCUCGCGGUCACUGCACCUUUCGGUCACGAUUUGCUCCGGUUGGAUACCUUCCCGCUCAACGCCACGACUGACAUCGCGUUAAGCGGAGCCACGGAGGAUGGCCGCGAUGACAUAGAGAAAAGUUAAGGGGGCCAAUGACACGUCGACCUCCAACGGCCUAAGUAACUUCUCUGUACUGAUGCAGCUUCCGGCGUUCGCAUGCAGGCGGACAAAAACGAGGUAGGGAUUAAGUAUAUGCGCGGGGUAAGGAAAAACUGGAGAAUUGCCUACUACAUUUUUCAAAGGUGUUGUUCUGCGAAGUUUUUGGUCAGCCCUUCGCCGACAUGCACCGCCCAGAGGAGCCGGUGCUGCUGAGGUGUUUACAUUGAUUCAUUGUUCUGCACACCCCACAUGCAAUUCUUUAGUUGGGGGAAAGCCCAACACUAAAAAGUUAGGCGCGGAGAGCACUCAGAUCGCAAAAUAUCCAAAAAGUGACAGGUGGAAUGAGUACGCCUACCAGUAAAGCGGGAGUGUUAAAACGCUGGUGAAUUUACUAAACAGUAGUUGACAAUUUCUUAUCCCGCGCAUAUACUCAAUCCUUAACAGUAACAGAAUUGUAAUGACAUCCCGAACACAAAACUGCGUCUCACAAUCACUACAUCUUUCCACCACUAUUCGGUCCGGUUGGAUACAUUCCCACCCAACACCUUAUUUAUGCCCAUACGAUGAACAAGAACGCCGCCUCGGAAGUAGAAUUUCGAGCCUGUGGUCGCACAGACUCAUUACUCAUUAGCCUAGUGGGACAGCUGUGAAACCACCGUACCACGACUAAAGAACCGCUUUCAGGAGAUCUGACCUCCCAGAUCUAACAGUCCCCACUGAGCGUCUAUUCUUUAGAACUUGCUAGAACAGCCAUCCAACGAAUUAGUGCUAAUUGCUCUCACGAUUCCCGGUUGAUCCUCUAGGUCACGUGACUCGCCCCAAAUUGGAUCGCGCCCUGUCAGCACUGGAGUUCAAGGCUCGUAAAGCCGCUGUCCUUCACGCUGGCCUCGUUCCCAACACCCAAAAGGCCUUUGAGGCUCUCAGUCAGCGAAGAGUCGGAGAGGGGAUAGCCGGAGUGCUCCGGCCGCCGGACCCUCUGCGGCCGAUUGUUGAGCCCCUGGAGAGGCUGGCUCCGGAACAGCUGGCGCCCUACUGGGAUCGGGCGCCGGAUUCGCGGACACCGGAGUCUCUGCGUGCAAAUCCAGACCCCAGUUCCCUGCCCCAGCUUCCACCCUCCAUCAAUGCUCUUCGCUGUGUCGACUUUAGUCCGCCCUUCUUCACCGUUGGUAAGUCUUCGGCCAGUUAUAUCUCAGCAUAUUUUAGGGUAACAGGAAUUGCCUUUUGAAGUGCCGAAUUUAAAGUAAACAUACUAUUGUAAUGUUUUCAGUAGCUCAUGUGCUUUGAAAAUAUGACUUGUCAAAUGGAACCCGGACACGCUGUGUAUGGUUUUUUGUGCUUACAAGGCCAGAUCACGGCGGAAGUCGCAUUGGCAUAUGUCUCGUAGUAGUCGGACUGCGCUGAGAAUGUGUCAGGCUGUUACGUGCAUAUGACAUGUUUUGGGCGGCGACUUUAUGACUCUUCAGCAUAUGCUCCCAAUUUCAUACCCGACAGUUCGGCCGUCGAUUCCGACGAUGUCCACCGUGUGUUGCACAUCAGGGACUGUGACUUGCGCGUGAAUUUGUUUUUAUAGUGGUAUAGACUUGCGCAGCAUCGACCGCAUUCUCCCUUCGCCCUUCCCACCUGGACUCGGUGUCAAGGCAGAGUCAAGAAGACCGGAGGCGGGAGGGGGCGCAGAUAGUCGGCGCGGCCGGACCCGCGUCUUGGCCCUCCACUUCACACCCCCUAGUCCACAACAUACAAUUGACCAACAACAACAGUAACACCCCCAACAGGGGUCAGAAGUGCGAGGGUAAUGACUGGGCAGCCAUGCCCACCACCCGUUUACCCGGCAGGAGCGCAAGCGUAUCUCCCGUCAUACCCAUUUAAAUCGACCCAACCAGGUCAGCGGCACAUGAAAGAGGAAGAAGUUAGGUGUGUCCAGCUAGGAUCCUGCCCUCCAAUUUCCACGCCAUCAACGGUCAAUCAAGCUUUAAAACAAGGAGUCAAUAGUCGUGAUUUACAAUAUUGCCAGCUGGUAGGAUAACUCAGUCCUAUUCAGGACUGUGGACUCAGACUGCAAUGGCUCUUCCUAUUUCAGGCCCUUAUUUCGCCCGCACACACACUUGGGGGGUCCGAGCCGCCCCUAUGAAAGCCUCAUUCACUCCGCAUGGAGAGUCCGGUCGGGGUAGGCACGCGUAGACAGACCGAGCCUGCCCACUGUCGUCCUGACACUGUCUUGCCGCUGGAGCAAGGUAGGGUAGGAGAUAAACCGGCAAGCGCCGUAAAAGUCUGUCUCACCAUAAACUAAUCCACGCUCGAGUCGCCAGUGCCGCACCCACUCCAUGAACCACACGACGGACCUCUUCACCUCCGACGGUCGAACUGUCGUGCAACACAAGUCGAUAAACUGUCAUGUCCUUUUUCAGUCGCUGCUUCCGCACUCAUCUGUUGUCGCCUUUACUUAGUUUUGCACUUGAGACUUGACGAGUGAGGUGGGUGUCGCUCAAGUCCUUUCCACUGCAGACGAGCUCACGGGACAAUGUUAACCCCCUUCGCUAUCGAUAGUUUUUGCUAGACGUUUUAUAACUUCCCUUGAAAAUGCUCAUCUGGCGCCGUCUUUGUGCAUUGCCUCAUCGUCAAGGCGUCGCUGUGAGACGUUCACUUUUUGUUGGGAAUUCCUACAUUCGGGAUGCCGGCAACGUCUCGCCAUUGGCCGCUCCCGUAAAGCCUGAUUAGUCUGUUUCUGCGAGAAGUUGCUCAGCUGGUCUAUAAUUUUCCUCUCGAAGCCCAUUGGGCAGAAUUUCGGCCAAUCCGCGUUAUUCUUCCAAAACGAACGACUUGUAGGUCAAUAAAUUUUCUUCGUUGCCGGUCGUGUUUUGUCUUCGCUGCCGUGUUAGUGAUUGGAACAACAGGCGAAUACGUAUGCGUUUUGUAUUUUGACUGACUACCAGACCGGAUCAUAACGCUUAAACCUGAAUGGAUCAACCCCUCAAUCGCAGAUUUCCAAUGAGUCGGAAGAGGAUCUGUCAGUACAGCAACUAUGCUCCGUUUUAAUGCUUCGAACUAUCAAUGUUUGGUUACUUUAUUUUGCUAGAACUCUCUGUCUGACGAAAAUUUUUCCUCCUUGGGUUGGUAGAUUAGGCACAAUUCCUUUCGACCUGCCAAAUGUAUGCUGUUUGAGCGGUCGGCCACGCGACCCUUCACAUUCUUGUACUUUUUCUACCUUCUCGCACGCAGAGGUACAAGCGAUUCACGAGACUGAGGAGUUCUUUGUGGAUUUGGUGGCCAAUAUUGGCGCCUACCUUCGGUCCGCCUGCCUUCUCUCCAAAGUCCGUCGCAUUCGUCACGGGCGCAUUCGCGUACAGGAGAGUCUUCUCUUCAAACAGUGCACAGUGCCUCUGCCGCUCUAUGAGAAAUUCGUGGAGCUGCGUCUGCGAACGCCGUCUUCGGAGCCGGAGGCGGAAGAGCAUGAGGAGGAGGCCCAUCAGGAGUCUGUGCUUUCGGAGAUCACCGCCUCCUUGCCCCAGGACUGCGUCCCGAACAUAUUCACAAAUCUUCUCCUUUGCACCCGGCUUCAUAGAGCUCAGCCCGGAUAUGGGAAUGUGACUCCUGCCUCUCGCAGUCAUCUCCCCUUACCUUCUUCAUAG